AUGGGCGACCAACCAGCUGCCCCGCUCCCGGAGGGGAUCACGUCUCUGCUUGAUACUGAUCUCUACAAGCUGACUAUGCAAUGCGCAAUUCUCAAGUACUUCCCUGAUGUCCACGUCACCUAUGGAUUUACCAACAGAACCCCGCAGAUGAAGUUGACGCGGGGUGCAUAUAAAUGGAUGUUGGCCCAAAUGGAUAGACUUGCGAAUAUCCGAGUCACAGACGAAGAGAUAGAAUUCCUCAAAAAGCGAUGCUCCUACUUCAAUAACGCCUAUUUGGAAUUUUUGACGACAUUUAAACUCACACCUUCAGAGCAGAUUGAUAUCAAGUUUACACCUGAGAAAGAUACCGGUAGCGACAAUGACUUUGGCGAUAUUGAGUAUGUUGUCAAGGGCUUAUGGGUGGAAACCAUCCUCUACGAAAUCCCUCUUCUCGCCCUGACCAGCCAGGCAUACUUUAUGUUUAGUGACAAGGACUGGAACUACGAGUGCCAAGAAGAGAAGGCAUACCGGAAAGGCUAUGUCCUGCUGGAGAAUGGGUGUACUUUUUCGGAGUUCGGGACCCGGCGGCGUCGCGAUUACCAUACCCAGGAUCUGGUCAUGACGGGGCUAUGUCGGGCGGCGAGAGAAGGAAAGGCGAAGGGUCUUCCUGGUGUUUUCACCGGAACCAGCAACGUCCACUUCGCGAUGAAGUACGAUGUCGACCCUGUUGGAACAGUUGCGCACGAAUGGUACAUGGCCAUCGCAGCCAUCACGGACGACUACGAAAACGCAAACGAGCUUGCGCUGAAAUUCUGGCUCGGCUGCUUCGGUGAAGGCGUCCUCGGAAUCGCACUAACCGACACCUUCGGCACACCCGCGUUCCUCGACGCCUUCCGCAAACCCAUUCCCGCAUAUACCUCCGCCGGCGCCGGCGCAGUGACAACCUCAGCUUCAGGUCCCGGCACAACAGCAGAUUCCACUGUACAAAGUGAGGCAACAACAGAGCCCCCCAUUGCCGCACCGCUUGAAAAUGGACACGCGGAACCAACCAGCAAAACUUACGCUCAGGUUUAUACCGGUGUGCGCCAGGACUCGGGAGACCCCAUGUACUUUGUGAAGAUGGCCCGUGAUUUCUACGACAAGGAAGGCAUUACGGACACAAAGACAGUCGUAUUCUCAGAUUCAUUAAAUAUCGAGCACUGUCUUGAGUAUAAGGUCCUCGCCGAGGAGGCUGGGUUCAAGCCUGUCUUUGGUGUUGGCACUUUCUUUACCAACGAUUUCCUUAACACGACCACCGGCGAAAAGUCUAAACCUCUCAACAUUGUCAUCAAGAUCUCGUCAGCGAACGGGCGACCGGCCGUUAAGCUGAGCGACAACAUGGGCAAGAACACGGGCGAUAAGGAUACCGUGCAAUCUGUCAAGAAGAGACUGGGGUAUGUUGAGCAUGAGUGGGAGCAAGGGGAUGAGAGUAAUCGCUGGGCGAGGAAGAAUUAG